AUGGAGAAACACGUGCAGGAGAUGAUGCAUGUUCUGUUGGCCGAAAACCAACGGGAGAAGCAGCAGGUUCAUCCGUUCUUAACAGUGUUGCACGUUGAGUCUGCUAUGUUCUUCAUUUGGCAAGUCAUCGACUUUUUCAAACUAUCGGCCGAGGUUCGCUACAUCGCUUUCGACAUCUUUCAGCGGUUCAUGCUUGGCUAUACGGAAAGUCUUCUGGAUCAUGUGGUGUCAAUAACUGCUGAGGGUCGCCAGAGGAACCGCCUCAUAAAGGAGAUGGAGAAGCAGCUGAAAGAGCAGGCACCCCUUAAGGCCACCAUCUGUGUCAUGAUCGCCUCAAAGAUUGUCACACACAAGACGAGUUUGAGUACCCUCAUGGCACAACGAUGUCUCAAGCAUUUGAAAAUGAGUGCCCACAUCAACGACAUCAAACGCUCAGAGAUAAGCAUAUUGAAGCAGCUGGACUGGCGGUGUCAUAGGACUAGCUCCUUGUUGGAAUACAUUGGGCUGUUGAUCUCAGUGGCUGGACUAUGGGAAGGUGAUGGUGCCUACCUUGCUGAGAUGAAGAGGAUCACCAUUAGGCCAGUGCCUCUAGAAGAACUGUAUGAAAUGUCGACUAAACUACUGGAUAUGGUGCACCUCAACCAUGAGAGAGUGUACCAAGAUCUGUAUACGUCCCUAACUGGAUUAGCAUUCAUACCAAAUAAACACAAGACAGCAUUUGGUAAAGUAGUAGCAGACCGUCUGCUAUUGGCCGGAUCAGUGGUAGCAUCGGCAGCUUUUGUGCUUCGAGGGCUAGAGAAGUGUUCUACAAUCUUGCAGGAGCUUUCCAUCCCAGUGGACAACCAGGGACACAUCAGCAUGAAACUUAACCUUUAA